AUGCAUGAUUCGGAUAACGCCCAAAGACCCAAUGCCUACAUCGACGGUAUUGUCCCUCCCGCUGAAGGACCUAUGACAGAUGAGAAACCGAAACAACGAGUUGAAUCCGCAGCUCCUCAGCAGAACGCGACGGCCAAUCUUGAGCAUGGACUUGGUGGAGAGCAACCACCAGAGCAGCCAGUGCAAAUAGGAGUUUCGGCAGGCGACGAAUACAGUGUAUUAACGACAACUCAAAAGAAAUGUGUGGUUCUCACAGCAUCUUUAGCUUCGGUAUUCUCGCCCAUGGCUACUUCCAUCUAUUACCCAUCGCUAGAUACGAUUGCAAAGGAUCUGAACGUGUCAAAUGCCAAAAUUAAUAUCACUAUCACUCUUUUUCUGGUCAUCCAAGGAAUAGCACCGUCUUUUGUUGCAGAUCUCGCCGAUAAGACGGGCCGAAGGCCUAUGUACAUAGUAUGCUAUAUCAUUUUUACGGCUGCCAACAUAGGCCUAGCCCUACAGAACAGCUAUGUUCCACUCCUCAUCUUGAGAAUGAUUCAGAGCUCAGGUUCGUCUGGGACGGUGGCUCUGGCAAACGGAGUCGUUGGAGACAUUAUCACCUCAGCAGAACGUGGAACUUACAUCGCCUUUGCUUCCGUCGGUGGAAUUCUGGCUCCGACGAUAGCUCCAGUCAUAGGUGGACUACUUGGACAGUAUGCUGGGUGGCAUUUUAUUUUCUGGUUCCUGGUCAUAUUUUCCGCGGCUGUUUUUAUCCCGUUGAUUCUGUUCCUACCGGAGACGUGCCGGAACGUUGUUGAUAACGGCACGAUUCCAGCGCCGCUAUUGUCGAGAAAUAUCACAGAUACCAUACGACACAGGAGGAGAAAUAAAGCCGGGCUUACUUUCAACGAAGCUAAGAAUGCGGAGCUGAGCAAGAAUUAUCGAUGGCGUGCUCCAAAUCCGCUCUCAACGCUGAAGGUGAUACUGGACCCUGAGAGUGCUUGCAUUCUUGUAACCACCGGGCUCGGGCUUGGAUGUUUUUAUGCCGUCAGUACGGGCGCAUCUGAUGUUUUUACGAAGGUCUACGGGUUCAACCAGCUCAAGAUAUCCCUUAUGUUCGUCCCCGUUGGCAUCGGUAGUCUUAUCUCAGUAUUCACAACUGGGAAAAUUGUAGAUUGGAAUUACCGACGGCACGCAAAGAAACUAGGAAUCCCAGUUGUCAAGAAUAGGCGGCAAGAUCUCACCAACUUUCCCAUUGAAAAAGCUCGUCUACAGAUCGCAUUCCCCUUCGCCUUCAUCGCGGGCGCAUUCGUGAUCGCAUAUGGCUGGAUCAUGGCUCAGAAGCUAACCUUAGCCGCACCGAUCAUCGCGCUCUUCCUUACCGGCUACUCACUUACUUCCUCCUUCCAAGUACUGAAUAUCCUGAUGGUUGAUAUUCACCCCAGCAAACCAUCUGUUGCUACUGCUGCCAACAACUUUGUGCGCUGCGAAAUUGGAGCUGUAUUUUCAGCGAUCAUACUUCCACUUACUGAUGCGGUGGGAAUUGGGUGGGCUUAUACCAUCCUUGCAUUAAUAUUCAUGGUGUUUAACCCAGUACUUCUGGUUAUCAUGCGUCAAGGGCCGAAAUGGAGGAAAGAGAGGAAAGAAAAAGAGGAUAGAGCUAGCGCUGCGAAAAAGGAUAAGGCUGAUAGACUUGGGGAACGAAGGGCGUAA